AUGUUAAGAUGUAUAGUGUUUUUUGUUUUCACUUGCACAUUCGCAAACGGAAUAAAUUGGCAUUCGUCUCAGAUCAUAUUAAGACAUCUCUAUGACUUACAAGACGACCAGUUUGCCGUAAUCAAAGAAUAUUUGGAACUGGAAACAAAGCGAAUGCACGACUUGGAGCGUUUAAUAACUCCAAUUAUUGAUUGGUACAUAAAUUAUUCAUAUGUGAAACACACCAUAAUACUUAGUCCCGUCGGUAGUUCAAAAUUGAUGUCACGGGUGUACAAAAACUUAUCCGAAAUAAAAAAAUUUAUGAAUAAUUAUAAUUCAGUGAAAGUCAUUGAUCAAUUUGACGAACACAAAGCCGUCAGUGAAUUUAAUAUGCAAUCAGCGUAUCGGUCUCUAAGAAGGAUUCAAAAAGUGUACGCGAUUCCUGCAUCCGACAUGGCUGCAGGUAGAUAUAAGGAUCGGACCAUCGGAGACCCAAUGGACGCUUGUGAAUGUUAUCUCAUGUCUAAAUAUAGUUUCGAAGAAUAUGACACAUACGGUGUAAUAGAUUGGGCUGUUCAAGCUUAUAAUAAAUGGUUCACCGAUCGUCCAAAAUGUGUAGACAUAGAUAAAUUGCAUUAUUAUACAAGAUCAGCAUCGAUGACUACAGGAUUUAGUUUUGAAACUAUAUUGGGUUUUAGUAAUCUGAAUCAUUCAGAUAGCACUGAACUUUCUGCACAUUUUUCUCUAAUGGCAAACGCUUUAAACAUUCGCGACAUCAGUGCACAAUCUGCGGAUAUAAUAUAUGAUAAAUACGAUGAUUUUGAACAAUCCAAUCUAUUUAGAAAUUUCCGCUAUUUAUGUAGGAAAGGAAAAUCAGUGAGACCCUUAACGUAUGAUUCUAAAUGCCGUUAUCAAACAAAAAAUUCUCCGUAUAGGAUGAUAAUGCCUUUCAAAGAAGAAGAUAUCAGUAGUAAUCCGAACAUAAAACUAUAUCAUGACAUUAUCUAUGACGAAGAGAUUAAAACUAUUACUGAUAUGGCUUCUAAAGACUUGUCCGACGCAGCAUAUUACUUCAACGGUAAGAUUACUUUGUUGGAUGACAAACGUCUGGGUCAGCUGAAAUGGUUUUCGGAAAAUGCAAACCCAAUCCUGUUUGGUAAGCUGAACGAACGUAUUGAAUGCAUCACCGAGUAUUCGACCAAGACAGCCGAAGGAUAUCAAACGGUCAACUACGGCUUAGGCGGUCAUUUCUCCGUACACAUGGAUGCAUUUACAGAUGGCCCUAAGUUGAACGGCAACAGAUUGGUCACCAUACUAUUUUAUAUGUCUGACGUCCCAGAUGAUGGGUAUACUGUAUUUCCAAAUUUAAAUUAUGUUGCACAUUGUCGUAAGGGAUCGGCUUUAGUCUGGCUAAACUUAUACUUGAAUAAUGGUACUGUACAUAGUGGCACUUUUCAUGGAGGCUGUCCUGUGAUAAAAGGAAAUAAAUGGAUUAUGACAAAGGGAUUAUACGAAGAAGGACAACAUUUAACAUACAAUUGGCGAGAUAAUAAAAUAAUAAACAUAGUUUAG